AAAUGGAUGGCAGGCGGUCAGGUGUCCAAUCGUUCAGACAUUGCCUUGUUGGAAAGCACGCGUCCCACUUGCAACAGCAUAGCAGGCGAGCAAGACCAACCGUCGGAGGAUGGCCGCCACCGGCGCCGGAGGAGACGGCAAGAGCGCGGCCGCAGGGAGAAGCAUCCACAGCAAGACCCUCCUCAAAAGCGAGCCACUGUACCAGUACAUACUGGAAUCCACCGUGUUCCCUCGCGAACCCGACUGCCUGCGCGAGCUCCGCCUCGCCACCGCCACCCACCCCAUGGCUGUCAUGGCGGCGUCGCCGGACGAGGUGCAGCUGUUCGGGCUCCUGGUCGAGAUGCUCGGCGCCAGGAACGCCAUCGAGGUCGGCGUGUUCACCGGGUACUCUCUGCUUGCCACCGCCCUCGCGCUCCCCGACGAUGGCAAGAUUGUAGCCAUCGACGUUAGCCGUGAGAGCUACGACCAGAUAGGAUCGCCGGUGAUCGAGAGGGCCGGCGUGGCGCACAAGAUCGACUUUCGAGUGGGGCUCGCGCUGCCGGUGCUGGAUCAGUUGGUAGCCGAGGAGGGGAACAAGGGCAAGUUCGACUUCGCGUUCGUGGACGCGGACAAGGUCAACUUCCUCAACUACCACGAGCGGCUGCUGCGUCUGGUCAGGGUCGGGGGCCUCAUCGCCUACGACAACACGCUGUGGGGCGGUUCGGUGGCGGCGUCCCCCGGCGAGCCGCUCUCCGAGCAGGACCGCGCGCUCGCGGCGCUCACCAGGGAUUUCAACGCGGCCAUCGCCGCCGACCGCCGCGUCCACGUGUGCCAGCUUGCCAUCGCCGACGGGCUCACUCUGUGCCGCCGCGUCGCCUGAUCAGCGUUCGGCGCCCGUCCCGGAACGCAAAGCUGUGACUCUGGUCUGGACUGAACGACGGCCACGGUUUGGAAUAAUAAACUGAUGUCGAGCGAGAAUAAAUCGUUGAUGCGCUUGCGCGUGUCUGCGUGUUCAA